AAGGAGGGACUGACUGUCGAUUUCUAGAUCUCUCUAUUCUGGCGGUUUUGUUCUUGGCUGCAGCCUGCAGGCGGCGCAAUCUACAAUGUCCAAUUUACACGUCCGUAUUCCCCUGGUGAUGAAUGAUAGCACUGAGAUGAUGAUUCUUGUCUCAUGGGUCAUGGUGAGAGCAUUGGAGAUCUGACAAAGCUGCACAGAACUCAACGAGCCCGGAACAACAAUCGAGUUCAUCGGACGAGUGCGUACUAUUUCCCCCUUUCCCUCGGUUUCUACUCCUCGACCAUCCGGCUCACCUCCCUCCAGACCAUCGUGGCAUCCAUGUGGAUGGCCGUCCUAGGAUGCUGGACAGUCAAAGCACCCAUCUUGAUCCUCUUCAUCGGUAUAUUGGGCGUCUUUGCCUUCUUUAUCAGCCUUGCGGGCCGAGGUCGCAUUGAGCCAUUGACCCCCCGCUUGUCCCUCGCGUCGAAGAAGCCGAGGAUGACCUUCCGCAUGGCGUGCACGGGACGGAUGCCGAGGAUGCGCGAGGUGAUGAAGGCCUGGAUGGUCGACAGCGGUGGGUGACACCGGGUGAGACCAGC